AUUAGAAGAAGUAACACGUAUAUCUCUUGCUCUGAACAGUGACUACGUACGUUUUAAAUUCCGACACAAGUUAAUUAGAAGCAUCAAAAAACGAUGAAUCCGUAUCGAAACAAAGGAACUUUGGGUGGAAAGGCCAAAAAUCAAAAAUGCAAGCGAAAGCUAAAGGAAUCGCAAAUUGAAAUCAAACAAGAAAUAAAACAAGAGCCAAGUGAAGGUGCUUAUUUGAUUCAGGACAGGCCAUCAUCACCUCAAAUUGCGACGAAUGCAACAAUCAAGUCGGAAAGCGAGAGCGAUAGUGAGCUAGAAUUGGAAAGUAAGCCGAGUUAUAUGAAGACAGAGGUCAAAAGCGAAGACGAAUGUUUGAAGAAAAUGUGUGACCCGACAAAGGAUGGAAAUGGAAUGGUAAACGUUGAUCGGAUUGGGGAAAGUUCAAGCAGUUUGAGACCAAAUUCGAAAGGCGAUCAGAACAAAAAACGUGAAGCAAAACGAAAGAAAGCAAAAGGCACAAAGAAUGACAGAAUGGCCAAACCUUCAAAGAAGCCGCCCGUGAAGCAUGGGAAAAAACACAAAUGCACUUUCUGCAAUUAUGUGACAUCGCACAAAGGAAGUCUCAAAAUACACAUUCGUACGCACACCGGCGAAAAACCGUUCGCAUGUGAAAUAUGUGGCAAAGCUUUUGCACGCAAGCCACAUUUGAAUCGUCAUAAGAAAACUCAUGCAGCAGAAUUUCCAUUUUGUUGUUCAAAGUGUCGUCAGGGUUUUGCACAUGAAAUCGACAAAAUCGACCACGAACGCGAAUGCAAACAUCGUCAAUAUGCUUGUCAUCUUUGCAAAAACGCCGCUCAUCAUUUGCAACAUCUCAAGCAACACAUGCGAAUUCACAAUGGUGAGAGACCAUUCAGAUGCCGUGUUUGCGCCAAAACAUUUCUACGCAAAGAUGAUCUUAACAACCAUUCACGCACCCACAUUAAAGAACUUCCAUUUGAUUGCGCACAAUGUGGUCGACGAUUCACUGAUGAAAACGAGAAACAAUCGCAUGAGGAUCAUUGCAAAGGCCGACAAUACGUUUGUUAUCUUUGCCCAUAUAAAUCUUGUCGACAAAUUGAUUUAAAACGACACAUGCAAGUCCAUCACACUGGCGAGAGACGAUUCAAAUGUGGUGUUUGCGGAAAGAAAUGGCUUCAUAAAGGUAAUCUCAAGCAACAUUUGGCAACACACUCCAAACAAAAACCGGUCCAUUGCUCCAAAUGCCUUAUGCCAUUUGCAAGAGAAGAGGAUAUGAUUGCUCACAAAGAUCGCUGCAAGCGUCGCCUUUUUCAGUGUUAUUUAUGUAAAGUUUUAAAGCAUGAAUUAACACAAUUACAAAGACACAUGCGAAACUAUCAUACUGGCGAGAACCCAUUUCCAUGCAAACUAUGUGACGGUCGUUUUUCACUACUUGGACAAGCUAAUUUGCAUAUGAAAAAGGUACACGGUUUGAAGAAAUGAUUGCAAUUCAAUCCAAAAUUAAACUUUGUAACAGAGGAACCAAUUAAGAAAAAAGCUCACA